AUGCCUAGGAACAAGCAUAAACCACAACAACGACCUCCAAAUCUUUUGGAAGAAGCUCCAGCAGAUCAAAAGCAAAUUGUUUUGAGAGCAAUGUUGAAAGAAUGUAAGGAUCACAUGGACAAUGAGAAUGCCGCCAAUAAAGUGAUAGCGGAGCUUCAUAAGAAAGCUGGAACUUCUAAUUUACAGCAAAUGAACAAGAAACAAAGAUCAGAUGCACAUGAAGCGUACAAAAAGAAUGUGGUGGACAUGGAUAAAGGAAGAAACUUAUUAGCAUCCCAUAUCAACGCACUCAAAGAAGCUCGUCUCUCAGCAAUUGCAGAAUGGAGGAAAACUAAAGAAUCCAGUGGUAUCCAGAUACUUGAACUCAGAUGUGGUUGCUCUCCGAUUUGGACUCCGAGUAUCAGCGAGGAACCGCUCGGUGUUGCUGGAGUCAAAAUUCCAGACGAUCAGAAACUUGAGAAAGGCGAUGAAGUUGCGGCGUUCAUGGAAGAUUCUAAAACGUGGAUUGCGGCAGAGGUAAUUAACGCAGCUUCGAACAACCGCUACGAGUGUUUCGAUACCGACGACAAAGAAAUGAAGCCUGUCAUGUUUUCUCGGAAACAGCUCAUACCUAUGCCAAAGUAUACUGUAGAUUACAAACGGUAUCCCUGGCUUGCUUUCCCAAAAAAUGCUAUCAUCUUGGCACUCUUCCCAAAAACAACGUGUUUCUACGAAGGAAUAGUGCACGCGCCUCCAGACCAAGUUUCUGGAAAAUACAAAAUUCGUUUUGUCGACAACCAGCGAGCCAGUAAUUAUGCGGAUCCAGUCGAAGUCUCAGACAGAUAUGUAGUGGCGUUUAGGCAAGAUCCAGUUGUAAAUGCACGUCCUUCAAAAAAAGCCAAUUUGGAAACAGAAGAUUCAAACCAACCAUCAACAAGCGGAUCACAAAAACAAACGAAAUCAAAAAAGAAGAUAGCAACUAUCACUCUCGAUGAUGACAAAGGCUCCCCUGGACCAGCUCUUAUAGCUGAGUUCAAAAAGCCUAAAGACGUUUUGUUAUCACCGAAGAAAUCAAAACCGAAACCAAAAUCAAAGGAGCCCAAAGUGAAGAUCAUUCGAGCAAAGGUUCCACCGCACAAAAAAUACUUUUCCACUCGUCAGUUCGGGAAGAAGCGAGUCAAGAGAAAGCCAAAGAAUGCCGUUUCGUCUUCUUCAACUCAAAACGAACCAUCCAUUAGUGAAGACCCAAAAGAGGCUUCCAAAUCUGAGAGGAAGCAGGAAGAAGAGAUGGAACACGAUGGGGAAGAUGAGACCGGUGGAAUGGAUGACAUGCUCGACGGACUCAACGAAUUUGGUUUGGAAGAUGAGCGAGAAGAUACUGAUGAUGAAAAGGAUAAUGGAGCUGAAAAAGCUGGCGAUGAGGAAGAAGAUGAAGAAAGAGAGGGAGAAGUUGAAGAUGAAGCCGAAGACGCUGUUAUCGAUUUGGCUGAUGAAGAUAACAAUAACGAUGAAGCUGAUAACACGAGAAAUUCCGUGACACCAUAUCAAGACUGUGAAGAGGGAACAUCCACUGGCCCAGAUGGAACAGUAAAUAAAAAUGGGUUGGAGAACGAAACCGGCAAAAGGUCACGAAGUUCUUCAAGCUCUUCCAGUGUUCAAUCUGGACUCAGCGAUUCCGAUCAUGAAGGUGAUCGUCCUGCGAUUAGUUUAGACAGCGAAUAA